GUCCAGAUUGAAAGAUUAACGUGGCAAUAUACUCGUCGGGAAUAAUUACCGAUAGUUAUUUUCAAAAUAACCGUGUAUAAAACGACAACCAAAUAAUUGAUCGGUAUCUAUACUUUUUUUCAUAUUCAAGUGGGUCCUCUCCAGAAAAUCCAUCGUUGCAGAAAAAGGUUCACACUAUGUCGUCCAUCAGUUUUGCGUUGUUUGGCUUUGUGCUGGUUCUCACAGAGCAUUUUGUUGCCUGUAACGUUCUUCGUAAAACAGUGUCGGAUGAAGCAGAGAAGAGAACUGUUGAUGUACCAGUAAGUUGGUGUCAAUUAAAAUCUAUAAAGUCUAGCACAGGAUACUGUGCUAUAUGCCUAUAAAUGCUGCGGAUUGCUAUAGGGAUGCAAGUACUUGAACAACUAAACAUAAAGCAGGACUGCGACGUUUCGAGCGAAGACCCUUCAUUAGACACCUUAAGAUUGACGUUUACGGCAAACGGAAACCGCUAGCGAAUUUUUGAUUUUACAACUACUCUAUUAUAAUAGCUUUUACAAAAGUUUUGAAAUAUAUUAAACAAUUAUUAAUUAAACUUGUGGUAUUUAGCAAUGAUUUAAGAAAGCAAAUUAACCACUAUAGUCAUGUAUUCACCAAAGCAGUAAAUUAAGAUUUGGCGUUUGAAGUUUACGUUUGGCGUAUAUAAAUUUCAUGCUUUAAUGACUACAAGCCCACGUAGCAGUUCAAGUAUGAAAUUUAUACGCCAAAUGUCAACUUCAAACGACAAAUCUUAAUUAAUUAAUUGCUUUGGUGAAUACAUGAUUAGUGGUUAAUUUGCUUUUUAAAUCAUUCCUAAAGAGCACAAGUUUAAUAAUUGUUUAACAUAUUUCAAAACUGGUGUAAAAUCUAUAUAUAUAGUGGAGUUAUAAAAUCAAAAAUUUCGCUAGCGGUUUCACGUUUGACGUAAUCUUAAGGUGUCUAUUAACCUCUCGACGAAGGGUCUUCUCUCGAACGUCGAGGUUCUACUUGGCCCCGUUUACAUGAGACCAAAACGAAGUCAAAUCAGAACCAUUUCGUUUCAGUCAUUAGUAUUAUUAUUAAUAGAUGUUUACAUGAGAUCGGGACGAAAAUAACUCAGACCGGUCUGAAGUCAUUCCACCUGCUGGACCGAGCCGACUGACUUCAGACCGGUAUGAAUUCAGGCUUGGGAUGAAUGUAAAUACAAAUACGUACAUUCUAAAAAAGGUAAUUUCCUGGCAAGGGGAUCGAAUAAAUUGAAAAUUUGGUGAUUUUCGUACCGGUCUCAUGUAAACAUUUUCACAAUUUCAAUUAUCAUUCCGGUUUGACUUCGUACCGGUCUUGUGCGGGCGGAGAAGAAAGGGCAUCGUUUGAGGAAAUGCCUGCCCAAAUGGCUAUGACAAAUGUGCAGGUUUUCGCCCAUUAAGGAUGAUUGACGUUUUGUAAUUAGCAGCUUCACCCAUUUUCCAAUCAUAGGGCGCUUUCCAUUUUACGGUCUGACCGGUCAGAUUCUAAUUAUUUUCUCUGUAUCAAAGGAAAGAUCUGGUCUAUGUUUCUCAAAUAUCUAGCGAAAAUGUAUCUAGAUUUUCCGGUCAAAUACGUCGGAAGCCGGCGCCCAAAUGAUUUGUGUUCCAUUCAACAAUUUGACCGGUCUGAUCGGUAUGGCCGUGUUAAUGGAAAGCGACCAUAGUCGAGAUUUAUAUUUAGCAUCAUGCAUGCAUGGUUUUUGCUCGGCAACUAGUGAGAUUUUCAAAGAUUUCAUGUACUAUUUAAAAUAUGAGCAGCAGCGUUUUUUCAGAAAUAAAGAUGGUCUGAUGGUCUGAUUAAACAUGCACGCACUAUACGAAUGUUUUAAAUUGCUCCAAAAACGAUCGAUCUAGUAAGUUCAUUGGCGAAGUAACUUUCAAAAAAUUCGUUGUUGUUGGUCUUUAAUGCUUCAUGCAAACGACCACCACAAAUCUAUUGUCAGUGGUGUUGCCGUCCGACAUUAUAAGAUGUUUUCGGAGAUUCUUAUGAUUACAAAUUCUUGUGGUUAUUAGCCUUAAGCUUGGCGAAAAUGGUGCGACUUCGGCUGAUUUUAGUCGGCCGAUUUUAAUGGGGCAAUAUCAAAUUGUUCGGCCGAUCAAAAUCGCUUAAAAAUGACAUCGCAUACCCAAGGAUUUCAUUCAGCCGACUGAUAUCGGCCGAGAAAAAUUGCAUCCUGUGCGUCAGGCUUUACCUAUAUGUAUUAAUUUGUGGGAAAGAACUUCCACGUUGUGUCUAGAUAGAAUUAGCGUCUCUUUCCUUUUCGAUUAUAUAGUUUUGAAUUUCUUAUUAAUAUCCUAAACGUCAUAUCAGUCCGAUUUGACUAGGUGUGGCGGCGUGUGGGAAGUUAUGUUCAGUUAUACAGGGUGCAUGUAUAAAAAAAAGGUAAUCGAACUUCAGCGCGCUAUUGUGUCUGAAUUACUGUGCACAUGAACGAGAUUUCUUUAUAUUCGGAAAGAUCAGGCUUUUAACUGUUGAAUGAUAUAUUAUGUUCUUCACGCCAAAUGGAUAAAAAAUGAGCAAAUGCGAAUCCGAUAAAAGAUGUUAUUCAGAAUCGAAUAUUUUCACAGUUGAGAGUUGGGUCUAAAACCAUUGAAAACUAACCUCCUUUGGUACUUAGAGUUAACGAAUUUCACUUCAAUUAAUAAACUGCGCCCAUAUUCAUAAUUGUUAUUAAGUAGGAACAAAUUUUAGCUAAGCUACGACAAAUUCGUGAUUAAUUGCUUUUUAUUUUGUCAUUCACUGCUUUAAUUAGGCGCAGAGGUGAAAAUAUGCGAUUCUGACUAACAUUUUUUAUCGAACUCGUAGUUGCUUAUUUUUUCUCCACUUGGCAUGAAAAACUUGUCAUUCAAUUGCUAAAACCCUGAUCUUUCCAACGCCGAGUAAUUCACGUACAACAGCGCGAUCAAGUUCGAUUAUUUUUUUUUUGACACACCCUGUACAGGGCGAUCCCCCAAAAAACAACAAAUGAAAUAACAUAUUCUUCCACUUUGAAUGCCUCAGCACUCUGUUGAACCCACAAGUGCAUAAAAGCUUGACAUUAAGUACAUUUUAUGCAGAAGAAACUGUUAAUUAAUUAUAAGAAUGUUUAUAAGAGAGAUUUAAUAUGUAAUACGAGGAGGCAUUAAUUAGUUUUAAUGUUAGGGAAAACGAACUAAACCCAUGGGUGCGUUAACACAAUGGAGUCAAAUUUUAUGCAUGGCAUUAUUUUUACUAUUCUUAAUAAGUCAAUAUUUAAUAUAAUAAUGCACCCUGUCAAUAUUUUACCCAUCUUUGCGUUCAGCUUAGUGCAUGCUAUAGGGCAUUCAAAUAAUACGUUAUUUCAAUAGUUUUGGGGGUUUUGGGGACGCCCUAUAUAGGGAAAGGCAUUUGCUUUUAUAAUGAUGCGAAACAUCAAAUAGACUUUUCUUAUAAUGGCGUCAAACGCAAGAAACCAAUUUAUGCAUUGUCCCACAGGUCAAUGCAAAUCGUUGGCGAGGCAAUAUGUUUAAUAAAAACACAAUUUGUAUUGUCCUUUGGGACAUCGGAAUAUAUAUAUAUAUAUAUAUAUAUAUAUAUAUAUAUAUAUAUAUAUAUAUAUAUAUAUAUAUAUAUAUCGGGUAUCCCAAAGAAAAGUACUCCUGUUUGAUUCGUAAUAACUUCUACACAAGUAAAGAUUUUAAAGAGAAAUAACUUGCAUUAAAUAGAGGAAGGACUAACUUAGAUUUUGAUAUAUUACAGUUGUAUUUUACUUAAAAAUUCACGGAGAUAUUAAUGUUCAAAAUUGGGAGCAUAUUUUGGAUGUGUCUAAAAUUAGCGAAAAUCGGCAUAUCAAAUAUUAACUCCAGCGUUUGUUUGCUUAAUGACAUAUUAGGCUAACUUGUAUUUCAGCGAAUUAUCGUUAGGGUUUGUAAGGGAUAUGGCGUAGAUUUAGACAUUUUACAUGUAAGUCUUAGCUCAUUGUUUCCUGAAAUAUGAACGUUCGAAAUUAUGCAAGUAUUUAAUAUUAGGACAGGUCUUUACAAACUUAAAUGUACAUGAAAGACUGACCAUGGAAGGCAGGUGCUUAAAUUUUUCUUAUUCUUAAAUAGCCUAAUUUUUUAUGUUUUUAACGGGUUCAAACAGACUGAGUUGAUUAUUUCUCGGUUAGAGCAGGAUGAAUAUUUUAUUGAAGGAAAUAAUAUUGCUUUUUGCAAAUGCACAUCACCGUAUCAACGCUACUAUUUUGUUACGUUUUGUUCCAAAAAUGUUGCAUGUCUCUGGGGAGUUGCUUAAAUUGUUAUGUCUUAUGGAGUUAUAUGGUUUGAUUGUGUUUCAUAUAAUUCUCAGUUUACUCUGAACUUGCCAAGAUUAAGAAAAGGCAAAAGAGUUUGGAUGUUCUUAACAAGAUUUCAGAACGUUGCAGAAGUUAGAAGAGCUUCACAAUUCCAUUGCUCAAUUCCUAAUUCAGAACUACGAACGAUCCAUGACGAUCAUUCGCGAUGCAGUGGUCUCAUGAAAUAAGGAAACGUCUUCGUGCUAGGAACACACGCGAAUUUCGGACGAAUAAAUCUUGCUUGUAUUUUGUAGAUAUAAUAAUACUUUGUUUCAUAAUAAACAAUUUGUCAAGUGUCAUUUAUUUACUGGUAAUAGUGCAUGUUUCAGUCGGGCAAAUCUUGAUUAAUAUUUGAUACGCCGUUUUUUGCAUAUUUCAGACACAUCCAGAAAUAUGCUCCCGAUUUUAAAGAUUAAUAUUUCCGCGAAUUUUUAAGUGAAAUACAACUGUAAUAUAUCAAAAUCUAAGUUAGUCCUUCCUCCAUUUGAUGCAAGUUGUUUCUCUUUAAAAGCUUUACUUGUUUUACUUUACUCUUCUCUGUUUAAUCCGACGCUGUUUCACGAAGAACGUUGCAGGCAACCGAAAAUGCUCUGUGAGAACGGCUUGGUGCUGUAGCCGAAUAACACAAAAUUGAUGAACGACGUAAUGUGAAUUUUUUUAUGCAACGAUGAAUUUACUGAUGGAAAUAAAGACCGAGAAACACGCUUAUAAUUUAUGAUAUGGUAAUUUAGAAAAUAACUAUUGGCAAUUAAUCCUGACAACUAUUGCCACGAUAAUCUUUCUGGACGAAUCUAGAGAAUUAAACAAUCUAGGUAUGUUAUUUAAAUGAUGCAUGCUUGCCUAUGACGUAAAAUAAGUGGGAGAUGGUAUGCAUGUUUGUUUUGAAAAAGUAUUAAUUAUCUGCGUUAACCAGUUGAGCAGAUUAUUAUUAUCUGCUAUAAACUAAAGUUCGAUAUGCAGAAUAGUUCUUCUGAGGAAUCCUUUGUAUUCCAUCAGAAUAGCCUCCUUCGCAGCCCUUAGCUAACUCGGUGAUCAAGGAAUCAUAAUUGAGGGAUAGUUAUUUAACAAUUAUCCAUCAUGAUUCUUGUUAUCCCCAUCAUCUCUCCAUUCGUAUUGCGUGAUUCUGCCUUUGGUCAUCGAGAUGCCUGCGGAGAAGGCUAUUCAUUUCUGACAAAAUAAAAAGCAUUCCUCAGAACAAUUAUUCUGCAUGUGAAACAAUGCCAUCUCCCACUCAAUUUACGUCAUAACAUGCACCAUUUAACAUAAUUAUAAUUAAGAUCUCUUGAACAUUGUUAAUUUUCUAUAAAAAUAUUUUAAAUUCGUCCAGAAAGAUUAACGUGGCAAUAUACUCGUCGGGAAUAAUUGUCAAUAGUUAUUUUCGAAAUAACCGUGUAUAAAACGACAACCAAAUAAUUGAUCGGUAUCUAUCUAUUCACUUGGUUCCUCUCCAGAAAAUCCAUCGUUGCAGAAACACAUUCACACUAUGUCGUCCAUCAGUUUUGCGUUGUUUGGCUUUGUGCUAGUUCUCACAGAGCAUUUUGUUGCCUGUAACGUUCUUCGUAAAACAGUGUCGGAUGAAGUAGAGAAGAGAACUGUUGAUGUUCCAGUAAGUUGGUGUCACUUAAAAUCUAUAUAUAAAGUCUAGCACAUCUGCUAUGCCUAUAAAUGAUGCGGAUUGAUAGGGAUACAAAUACUUGCAUGAACAAUUAAAGCAGGACUUCGAGGUCUUUGAAAAACUCACUCGUGCAUGUUAUAUUCAAAUUGCACUGGAAACCAUCCUGUCACCUACACAAAUCAAUGUCAAAAUACGAAAUUUGGGCACAGUGCUUGCCAACAUGGCGGAAAUUGAAGGGGCUGUUGGACGCCAGAUCAAUUCUUUUUCUACUCUUUUUAUAUGCGCUGUUAAUACGAAUCUGCCCUCACUUUUUGGGCACGAGUUCUCGCUCCAGAUAUAUAUGAUAACCAUUUAUUGAAAUAAUACGUGUUACAUGAUUACGUUUGCAUUUAGAGUGGUGGUAUAACGCUUAAUUUCGGAAAUGGGAUGCGUGACUUGGUCGUCAAUGGAAACAGUGUUGAUGUCCAGGGGCAGGUUUGUGGGGAUAGUACACUAUUUAACUAUUUAAUAUAGUAUAUACAUCUCUAUUGUCUCAAUAUAAAUCCAAUUGCCAUCAUGCAGUGCCGUGCAGUGUAGACCAGGUCUAGCACAUUGCCCGUUCUACCCCAUGCAUCCUCCCCCCUCUCGUACGAUCAUGGGAAAAUUACUCACCGGCCGCAAGCAUAAUGAAGUCUUGUUUAGAACAGGUGGGAAACUUGACGUCUGAACAUGCACGAAAACUGCUCGGGCUUUCGGUGGGAGAAGAAGAUAUGCGUGCUUCCACUUGGUCGAUUUAAAAAACAUAAACAACAUGCAGAACAAAGUCUUCGAAUGACAAUGUUGCAGCGACUGUUUAGGGCCACAAAUUACCACAAAAAUUGUCGCAGCAAUACUUUGAUUUCCUCAAUUACAACAAUGUUUACAAUGUAAACUAUUAAUAUCGAUUAUUUCAGUGCAAAACAAAACAGAGAAAAAAAUCCUUUCAAAAUGUCGUCUGAUAGCUUCAAUAACAUGUGAAAUUCAAACCAAAAAUACUAACACUUCUAAAUGUUUUACAAAGCCAAGAAAUUUAACAGCGACUUAAUGUAAAACAGCGACAUUUCGUUGGCACAACUUGUAACCUCUGCCUCGUCCCUCGUCGCUUCAGUUGGGAAUAGAGAUCAGUGGAAAAACAAUGGGAGCGCGGGGCUUAAUGGGAAUGCGAUAUAACGUGAAGCCGCGCGUAUGGAUAACUGAUGAGGGACUGUGGAAGAGUCAGUUGUAACAUGACAAAAUUCGUCUUUAUAGAACUUGAACGAGCGAAAACUGGGUUUAAAAAUAAUACAAAAUAUACGCGUCGAAAUGAGAGUUAUAGAAAAAUAUGAUUGCCUGCAUGUUUAUAUGUUUUCUAAAUAUUUUGAAAACCUAAAAUCUACGAAUAGCAAUAAAUCGUUGCCCCACCCUACCCAGUAGGCGAUUGACAACUUUAAAAAGUGAAUGGCCGCCAAGCACUUGCUAGACUGUAAACAUAAUCAGAAAAUAAUAUAUACGUGCAAAAACAGGGCAUUGAUAUUUCAGGGAAAUUUGUGCUAAAACGGUUAUUCCAUUUUAAAAUAUUUACAAUUCGAAUUGUAAGACCAUACUUGUCUUAGUUGCACACUUAACAAAUCCAUGGCAGUAAAAAUCCACAGGAAAUGCGUCUUACCUUUCCUCUGAAAAGUUAUUCAUACCUAACAAACGCAAGUUUUAACUAAAAAAAUACAUUUUGCUUAGUUUUUUGUUUAAAUAAAGCAGAAAAAUAGAUAUAAUAGGUACUGUCGGCCUUUUACAUACCUUUCAUUUAUUAUGAUGGGAUAUAAAGUGAUGCGCAUGAUAAACGACUCAAAUAUUUUGUGUAUACAUCGCUAUCCCUCUGUGUAACCCACACUGGAAGAAAGCCUGGUUCCUAAGCUUCUUGUUGAUAUCAAACAUGGACGACAAUUCAUUAAUUAAUUAAACAUCAUUCUUCUUGCAGUGUUUUACGGUCUAUGGACAGGGUAUUUAUGGGUAAAAUAUCAACAUUUUGUCCCGUAAAUUGGAACAAGUUAAAAAAUUCGUAUCACUAUGAAAUUAUGCAGACAAGCAGGGGACAACAUAUAUUUUAGGACGCGCAGUCUGCAAAUUUCACGAAGGGUUCGAGGGAUACAUGCGGCCAGAGCAAAAUGUACGUUUUCAACAAUUUUCUCAAGUUUUAUUAUACUUUAUUAUACGCCGAUGUAAUAUAAAGUGAACUUGAAUAAUGGAACAACUUAUAGGUAAGAUUUCGAUGCGAAACUUUUCUGUUUUAUGGUCCAGAUAUAAUUUAUAUUAUUGCGAAGUCUGCAAAUGACAUAGCUAUUAUCAAACACGUUUAAAUUUAAAAAAACCGCGCCACUCCUAAUAAUUUAUAUAUAACAAAUCCGCUAUUUUGUUUGUGAAAGUUCGCACAUGCUCAGAAUCCAUGUCCGCAAUUUCUGGCCAUGACGCCAUAAUAAUAUAGAUUCCUACCCACUGACCUAUUUCACCCCAAUGCUCCUGCCUUGAAACAAUAUAUUACGAAACACAUCAAUAUACAAUUGACUAGUAAAGUAUUGUCAAUUGUUCGCAAGUGAUAUCUUGAAACAGAGACAGGAUAACAACAAUAUAUAGUUAUUAUAAACGUAUGCGUCAGGAAUACACUAUUUGUGUCAGGAAAUAAAAGAGUUAGCCCCUGAUAUUGAAAUAACCCUCUCUGAACUGAUCGACAGAGAAGACAACAUUAAAGCCAAGAAAACAGUAAAAGAGGUCAAUAAUCUACUAAUAAUAACAUCACUAGCUCGCAGCUGCGUAGCGGAGGAAGAAGGGGCAUUAGGCAUAUUUGGUGUGGCGUAUUUGGGUGUGUUUGACUGAGAUAUUAUAUUUAUUUUGAAUAUUUAUAGAAUGUUCUGGAAAUUCCGUGUCUAUAACAAUAAUAGUCUCCAACACAUGUAACAAUUAAUAAGAAUAACAUUUGUUUUAUUUGAGGUGGAAUAAAAAAUCAGCUACAAUUGUCGAUGGAGGCUUUAUUAUUUAGCAUUAUUAAUUUUCCAUUGCAUUUUUAACGUUUUCUAAUUUUCUGGGCGAUAGACCGUGGCUGAUGGGGGCCCCUAACUGUCGGGGGCCCUUACCUAGUUUUUGAAGUAACCAUACACCUAACGAGCGUUACGCUACUGAUAGCUCGUCGCUCAAUAGAUUACAUCCAUAUUAGCUAGGAAUUUUAUUACAUGUGUACAGCAUCUUCAAUUCCAUUAGUCUUCCACCCAUUAGCAGCAGCAGUUCACUUGUUGAGCAAAAUUACUCUGCAAGUGAAAAUUUUCCACAAUCAGGAAAUAAUGAUAAUAUAGAUUUUUUUUCAAUCGUUAAAAGGAUUUAGAGCUGGGCACUUGAAUAUUGCAUCAUUAUAUAGUUAAACAUAUUGAUGAACUGAAAAUAUAUCUUGAAAAAACGUUAACCCUGCUCGAUAUCCUAAGUAUAAAUGAAAGUAGACUUGCUGAAACGAUAAGCACGGAUGUUGUCAGCAUAUACCAGGAUAUGAAAUAUAGUUAAAAAUCAUAAUCGCGUGGGUGGUAGUGUUGCAAUUUACCAUCACAAUAUUUUGAAUGUCAUGAAUAGGCAAGACUGAAAUCCUUGGGAGACCCGCAAUUAUCUUUGUUGACUAAGUUAACCAGCAAUGGACAAGUGGGAAUAUCAGUGUCGCAAAAUGAAGGGACUCUAGAAAUUAAACAGAUAACAAAUUUGAUAGGUCAAAUACUCAAAUAUCAAUGAAUUAAAAAUCGUGAUAUGAUGUUUGUUUCAUUCAGUGCAAAAAUGUGAAGUUCCGACUUUUUUAGCAAAAUUGAAGUGACGGUUUAGUUUGAUGCAAAAUUUUGUAUUCUCUAUUUCAGACUGUGGUUGCAUUCCAAGCAACGCUGACAUCAGGUUCGAUUGGACCUAGCUACUCUGGCGGUGCCAUUAAAUUUAACGACGUUACUUUGAAUACUGGAGACGGUUAUAACCCAAGCACUGGCAUAUUCACUGCGCCUAUUGCCGGUAUAUACCAGUUCACUGCGACAUACCUUCAACGAAAUGGCUACAGCUCUCACGUUAGGUUGAUGAAAGGGAGUAGUGUUAUCAGUGAUAUACAUUCAAACCACAAGAACUAUGAUCAGCUAACGAAAACAAUUCACGUGGCUUUGGCAAAGGACGAGACAUUCUGGGUUAGGUUAGAGAAUAGUAGUAGCUACGCUGUACAUGGAACCAGUCGGUAUACUGAAUUUGGCGGAUUCCUUAUUUCAGCCAGUUAGAAAGGAAAUUAAACUAUCCAAAAUAUGCCUCACUUUCACAAAAUAUGUAAUCCUUUAAUUUCUUGAACAUUAUAUAGUGGCAUAAGGGAUAUAAUCUGAUAUAAUCGUCUCGCUAAUAUAUGUAUAACGAGCGCAGGUUAUUAGCUAGUAUAUAGUUAUAUUGCUAUACUCGGUUUUUAAAUAUUAAACAAGUCUGUAGAAUAAAUGAAUUAACUGCACGUUAU